AUGGACGGGCUGGAGAAAGUAGAUGAGAUAACCGAUGACGAAGUUGAAGCACUUGGUGGCAGUGGUAGUGAACUCAGUGACGACUCAAGCAGUGGUGAUAGCAUCGAGUCAGAUCCGUCAGAUGGGUCGCAUUCGGAUCACUCGACCGAUGUACGUCACACGAAUUUUGUCGAGCCAUACGAGGGUGAUGAUAAAAGUGCGCUGUAUGCACGUGAUGGGAGUUAUAGGCGUGUCCAUACUGUUCAUGCGAGCAAGGGGAGCAGCGUAGGCAAAGCUGAUCAAGUUAAAGUAUUUGAUGUAGCUAACCAUGAGGUCAAAAACGGCAUAUAUAAGGUCGAUAAGAUUGAAGUUAGUAGUACACAAGGACAAGCAUCAUACAUCAGUGGAGAUGAUUCCAGCGACGAAGAUGCCCCUAUACUACCACGCGAUGGCAAUUCUAAGAAACAUUCAAAACGUCGUGGGGAUCCUGUAGGUGGGUCUGAGUUACAGGUUAAUAUGUCUGAGUAUUCUCGCGGAAUCACCAAGAAUAAGGUCAGGGAAAAAGCAAUGAGGGGUGAUGGUGAUCGUGUAGCCUCAAGCACGAAUAACUACGAAAAACACAUACGAGAUAACCCCUCAACCGAGAAUACUUAUGAGCACAGGGUCAAGGAUGAUGGCGGAAAUGCAGACUACGAGAGCGACGGAGAGGAGGGUCUACACUUCAGCGAAUCAGAAUGGAAUUGCUAUAACUUACCCGCUGCAAAAGGUUCUAAUGUGUACCUCGCACCCACUAGGUUUCCGGCGGAGAGGCGGAAGACUAUUACACUGCUGGAUGCGGCUGAAAUGGUGUUGCGAGAGGCGGGCUCCGAGGGCUUGCACCUCAAGGACAUACAAUCGAGGUGUGCUAAACGAGGUUUGAUCGACGCAUCCAAAAAGAAGAGUCUGGAUGCAUUGAUAUACAGAGAAACACAACGAGGCAGUCAGCGGUUCACGAAGAUUGAUGGCCAACCUGGGUGGUUUGCCCUUGCUAAGGAUGAAGACAAGAUCGAAAUGCUCAAACGAAAGGCAGCCCGGGCAGACAAGGUGCGAUUGGAACGACACAGAAAAAAGGCAUCAAGCGAGCGCAAGUUAAGAUAUAUGAAGAAAACUGUGCGUAUGAUGCUAUUCACAAACACGGCCAUGCACGAAGAAAGGGAAAUAUUGUUAUCAAGUAUAAAAGCCUUAUCCCGAAAUAAGCGACAGUUGGUGCACAAGCUCAAGCAAAAAGGAGAGCCCAUCCCUAGUUUCAUCCACGAGAGCUCUUCAUCGGAGGACAUAGAAAAGGGAGAUUUAUUGCACGUGAGUUCACGACCGCAGAAUGAAAAUCAACAAGCACCGGCCAGUUUUUUGGUACCACACGCGUUCAUGGCACCGAGACAUCACUCAGUCCCACAGCCAGCCAUGAGAAAGAGACGAUCCCCAGAAACUUCGACGAAGUAUGCCGAAGUGUUGGUGGAUACGCAGGGACUGCCAACAGUCCCUGUCAAAGCAGGCCCUGUGACGGUGAUCAAUUUUGGUACCGUAGAGUGGGAACGAGAAGGCUUUCAUUCUGAAAGAUACAUUUGGCCGAUUGGAUUCACCUCCGAACGAAUGGGUAACAGCUACCUGACCGAGGAGCGCGUACUGUACACAUGCAAAAUACUAGAUGGCGGCGAAGGACCAUUAUUCGAAAUCCGGGCAGCAGACGAUCCCGAAAGUCCUAUUGUCGCCACGUCUCCGACGUCGUCGAUUGUUACGCUGCUGAUUAAAAUUAAAACGGCUCGGACAGGCAACGCAAAUGUCAAGAUUGCGGCCUCGGGCCCUGCCUUUUUUGGGUUAUCGCAGCCGUACGUGAUGAAAGCUUUCCUUCUCCUACCAAAUGCGGAAAAAUUGAAGCAGUACAAUCCCGAUUAUUUGGAUGAAGUGCGAAGCGAGAGAAAAGCAAAUAAGGAUACAUCAACGGGCGUUGUGUCGGCCAGCGCGCCCCCGCGCAAGAGGAGGAGUAGAGCAUCUAACGCGCCCAGCAAAACACAUGCUGCUAUCGACAACCACCACAUACAAGCGCACGCACACGCGCACAUAUCCAUGCGGAGUGCGACUUCAGAUUUAGCUGGAAGGGGAGCUAGUAGCAAUACUCGUGUAAAAUUAAGUACAGACUCGGGUCCAAAGCUGGAAGCUUACUCCAAAACUGUUACCUCACGGGCGCAUAACGCACCGGCAGAACCACUGAAGCUCACGUUAAUGCAAAGAAUGCUGCAAAGGCCGACGUCGAAUAAAAAACCGAGUGGCUUCUCGUAG